AUGAGCGACUCUAAGAGAUCUGUGGAGGAUAGCAGUGAUGCCAUUGAGCUGAAGAAGCAAAAGAUCAACAGCAAUACCGAGAGUAAGGGCAUUCAAGAGGCAGACGUGGGCAUAACUACCUACAUCUCCAAGGAUAUCGGAGGGUUUGUUGGUACUUUGAAGCAGAGAUACACGGACUUCCUCGUUAACGAGAUUGGGCUGGAUGGAGAGGUGGUGCACUUUCUGGACGAUGGUAUCAACGACAAGAAGGAGCGUCGUCGCCAGCGUCGUGAGAAGGAGAGACAGGAGAAUGGCGAUGACCAGCCAAAAGGUGAAAGUGCUGUUGCCGUUGAGCCUCCAAAGCCAUUCGAGAUUGACCCGGCAAAGAGAGAGCAGCUUGUUGAGAUGUUUGGCCCAGAUGAAGUAACAAAGUUUGUUGAAUUGAUCAAGACUCCAGGUACGUUUGAGUCCCAGAAGGUGAUCGACGAUAAGGCCACCAGAGGUAAAGUCCACCAGCUUGUUAGAGAGGCAUUUGAAGGAAGGCUGGAGACCAAGACCACGCCAAAGAAUACCUUCUCCUUCAGCUUGAACCACCCGAAAUCUAGAUCGAACAGAAGAUCGAACCAAGGGCCUCAGGAUACCGUUGACGAGAAUGGUGUUGAGAACUGGGGACUGGGUCCUUAUAAGCCAUUUCUCCACUUCAACUUGUACAAGGAGAACAAGGAUACCAUGGAGGCUGCCAACCUUCUGGCCCGCUUCCUCAAGGUUCAACCAAGAGUUGUGAGAUUUGCAGGCACCAAGGAUCGUCGUGGUGUUACUGUACAGAGAAUGUGUCUCCCACGUUUCAGAGUUGAACGUGUCAAUUCCUUGAACAAAGCACUAAGAGGUAUGAAGCUCGGUUCGUUUGCCUAUGAGGAUAAGUCGCUUUCCCUGGGAGACCUCAAGGGGAACGAGUUUAUCAUCACUUUAAGAGAUGUCCAGGCCAUCAGUGACGAACCAAUUGAACAGAUUAUGGAGAAGGCAGUCGAAUCUCUAAAGACGAAUGGUUUUAUCAACUAUUAUGGAAUGCAAAGGUUUGGAACUUUCUCCAUCUCUACGCAUGUCAUCGGCAAGGAGAUUCUCCUGAGUAAUUGGUCAAGAGCUGCCAAUUUGAUCCUCUCAGUCCAGGAGCUCGUUCUACCAGAGUCAUUGGAUGCUAGAACCAUCUGGGAAACCACACGCAGUGCCAAAGAUGCUGUUGAGAAGAUGCCAAAGAAGUGUAUUGCAGAGUGGUGUCUCUUGAACCACCUUUCUCAAUGCUCAAAAUCCUCGGAUGAUUACUCAGAGAACGAUUACUUCAACGCCAUCAUGAAGAUUCCAAGGAACUUGAGAAUCAUGUACGGUCAUGCCUACCAGAGUUAUGUGUGGAACUGUGUGGCUUCUCGUCGGAUAGAGCUCUUUGGUAUGGAUGUUGUUGUAGGUGAUCUUGUGUUGGAAGAGACAAGUACUUCAAUGGGUGAUAACAAGACUGCUCAAGAUGAUGACGAUGAUUUUGAAGAAGAUGUCAGAACUGAUAAAUUCCAAAGAGCCAGAGCAAUUACCCAGGAGGAAGUUGACCAGAAGAAAUUCACCAUCUUUGAUGUUGUCCUUCCAUCACCAGGGUUUGACAUUAAAUACCCUUCCAACGAGGAGUUGAUCAACACUUACAAGAGUGUCAUGGUGAAGGAUGGCUUGGAUCCAAAUGAGAUGUACCGUAAGGUCAGGGAGUUCUCGUUCGCUGGCUCUUACCGUAAGAUUGUUGCCAAACCAAAUAACUUGGAGUAUCAUAUCAGAACAUACGCAGAGCCAACUCAACAACUCGUCUUGACAGAUUUCGACAUCCUUCAGAAGAAGAGAGCAGGUGAAGAGGUGACAAGCCAAAUUUUACCAAGUACUCCUGGUGACAGAACAGCAGUGAUCCUGAAACUGCAAUUGGAUACUUCAGCGUAUGCCACUAUGGCCCUUAGAGAGGUGAUGAAGGCAGACACCAGUCGUCAUGGCAAGAUGUGUGAUGUGCAGCUAGCUUGA